AACGUGCUUCUUGUGGAAACAUUCGAGUUAAAUCACUCUCAUUCUCGUUCUCGUUAGUCUACAGCGGUCGUUGGUAAAAAAAAGUAACCAGCGUGUGUUAGUUCCAUUUACUUGUGGGCAUUGGAUAUCUUCAAGCAUGAGGUUCAGAGCAAUUGUUUCCUUAUUCUUCCUCUAUUCCGUGCUGUGCGUCUACAGCAUAGAAGCCAGAAGAAUACGAGUACGACCCCAACUACCACAAGAAGAAGAACAAGACGACACCAUCCACUAUUACGCUGCAGAACCACAAGAUGAAAACCAACAACAAGUAGUCUACGUAUCUUCGGCAGACCAAUACAAUGGCCUUUAUGGUCAACCAACGGCCGCCUCGAGAGCCAGCCAAGAAGAGUACAUCCCAAGGUCCAGACCAAACCCAUCAGCCUUCACCAGGACCAAGGAACCUGCAAAGGCACCACCUGUACAAACCAUACGCAACUACAACAAAGUUAACGAUGAUGGUUCCUUCACCUUUGGUUAUGAAGCUGCUGACGGUAGUUUCAAGGAGGAAACAAGGGGUACUGACUGCGUAGUUCGUGGUAAAUAUGGCUACGUUGACCCUGAUGGCAACAAAAGGGAAUUCACCUACGUUUCCGGUAAUCCAUGUGACCCCAACGCGCCUAAGGACGAAGAAGAUCCUGCUGACCGUGAAGUCAACGAGCCUGACAACGGACCAGCCAACUACCCAACCAGGCCAAUAAGACCUGUGAGACCAGUUCAUGUGACUCCAGCACCUAAACAAGCUGUCACUGUGUUCCAAAACACCUACGACCAAGUUGAAGACGAGCAGCCUGAACCAGAGCAGGUAUUAAGGCAACAGCCAAUCCGAAGACCUGCCACCUACAUCACCAGGCCUCAGUACAUUCAGCAAAGCCAAGAUGAUCCUGCAGUUUACCAACGUGCUCAACAUUACCCAUCAACAACACCAGCCUCAGUCAUCUACAGACAGAGUAUUCAACCCGUCAGCAUCACUCCAAGACCACUAACAGCAGCUACUGCAUCUUCUCCAACAGCUACUCCAACCACUUACAGACCACAGUUGCUCCAAGUUGCUGUGACUCCCAGACCUUCCUUGCUCUACACCAAGGGCUUGUCAAGUGCUGCAACUACAGUAUCUACGCCAACAAGACAGAAUAUUGAUUUUGACGCUGAGUUCCAAAGGUAUCAGCAAAGGUUGCAGCAUAGGUUCCAAGGUGACAACCACAUCGCAUCCCCUACUGCAUCUUCCUUGGCCAAAUCAACACCAAAAGCACAAAAGGAGUCGAACGCAGGUCAAAUAUACUCCUCAGCUCUAGUCUACGACCCAUCAACAGGCCAAUACAAUACUCAGCUCUACCAGUCUUUACCACAAACUGAAGGAGAUUUCUCUGUAAACCAGAGAAUUCAACCAUACGUAGCUCAACCUCAGAGGCCUCAAACUGUGAACAUUCAACAACUCCAGGCUCAAAGCCCGUUGUAUUCAGGUCACUUGAGAGCUCAAGCUAACCCUCAACAAUUGUACCAACAACAGCAAGCUGAGACUCAAUUCCAAAACUCAGCUCAGUUGUACGCUCAGCAGCAAAAGGCUAGAGUGUUGCAACAACAACAGCACCAACAACAACAACAACAACAUCAGCAGCAGCAGCAACAACAGCAGCACCAGCAACAACAGCAGCACCAGCAACAACAACAACAACAGCAAAGACAACAUCCAGCCCAACAGUUCUACUACAUCCAACCACAGAGUGAGCAAGAAGGUGGUAAUUUGGCAGCUUUCUUGAGGGGCCACAACAUCCAAUUUUAAUUUCCCAUAAAUCCAAAGGCUAACCAAAGGUGUUGCUGUUUUGCUGUGUGAAUUUGUAUUUAAGGUUUGGAGUUCGACCACAAAAUUACGAUAAAUUCAAGGGCAAGGUUAUGUUCGAAGGCCACCGAUCGAACUGCGAAUAUUCUAUGAAAGUAUCAAGAGUGCGUUCCGUAACUUUCACAUUUCGAUCGGAAUACCUACAAACUCCGAUUUCCACACCGUUGGCCAAUUUCUGCACUACUUAAUAAUGUAAACUGUUUCUUAUCAAUGUAGCCUCCUGGGGGGAUCAUUAUUCGACUGGAAACAAAUAACUAUAUAACAAAAAUCGAUUGAGCAACAUCUAAAAAUAAUCACACGCAACUUAACCGAUAUGGGAGCUGUAGGUGACCUCUACAGUUCACAGCGAGAGUGAAAGUACAGGGCAGUACCCAAGGCAGGUCUCGAGUUUUCAAAACAGUCACGCCCAUGUUGCAUAACCUCCAAACAUGCACGCUUAUAGCUAGGAAUGUCUAAUUGUGUGUCUGCAAUCAGCGAUUCCAAUACCCAACUUGAUUUAAGAAUGCAUUUUACAAACAUGUUCCUUGAUUCAUCCAAAAUGCCCAUUUUUCUCCUUCUUCGCCUAAUGUGCCUUAACGAACAAUCACUUACCAAAUGAUAGUAGAUUUUGUCUUGAUAUUUAUUGAUGAUUUUUUUUCUAGGAUAAGGAGAACAUGUACAUAUUAUUAUAUGUUUAUAUAUUUUAUUAUUGAUUACUUAGAGUAUUUUACUUUGUUCGUCUAUGUUUCGAAAGUUUCCAAAUAAAGACUUUUACAGUA